CAAUGGAGAAGCCCAUCUGCCUCACCAUCGCCAGCCUGGAGCAGCUGGAGGCAGUGGCCCCGCCUUUCAGCCCGCUGCUCUGGGAGUUCAUGCGGCACGUCUACCCUGGAGGCAUCGGCUGCAUCGUCAAGAAGGGAGAGUGGCUGCGCAAACUAGGAGUGGGCGAUGCGUACGACUACGUGGGGACCAAGGACACCAUCAUGAUCCGCAUCUCAGACCUGACCGUGACGUCACACCUGCUGAGCAUGACCGGGCCGCUGGCCAUCACCUCGGCCAAUCCCAGUGGCGAGCCCGACAGCACGCACCACGACAUGGUCAUAACGCGUCUGGCAGACAAGCUGGACGGCGUGCUCUGCGAUGGUGACUCCACUGAGCUGGUCUCUUCCACCGUGGUCAUCUGCACCAAGAUCGACGAAGGAACUCUGUCCUUCCUGAGGGAGGGGGCAGUGCCGAAGACCAAGGUGCUCCAGAUAUUUGAAACGGUCAAGAACAAGAUGGCUGCCACACAAGAUGCCUGACAUCUCAUAGAUA